UGACUUCGGCUCUUCCCCCGGGCGAGACCAUUCUCGGCCCGCGAGGAGGGGUGGGGUAGUAAAGUUGGGGAAGGAGGGGGGAGGAGGAAGCGGCUAUUGUCCGGUCAGCGCAGCCUCCGGGGAGGGGCGGGGAGGGGUUCGUGUAUUACGGAGUAAGCUGGACCCCAGGGCUCCGCCGCGGCUGCCGCUAGCCCAGAGCGGGGGGACCAGGGGGGCCAGCACCGCCGCACGGGGACAUCUCUCGGGCCAGGGAGCGGCGGUGGGACCUGCCGAGGGCGCCGGGUCUUCCCUCCUCCCCCGUGGGUCCCUCUUUCCAUCAACACACCUCCUUUCCUUCCUCUCGGGCUCCCCUCCCCUCACCACGCACCGCCUCUCCCACCCCCGUUUCCGCAGGCCGAGUGGUGCGGCCCGCCUCCAGCUGACCGGCCUGGAAUCCCGGCUCCGAGCCCCGGACUCGCGCCUGCCCGCGCGCUCCCCCUCCCCCCGCCUCGAGCCCCCCGACGCCGCCGCCGCCGCUGCCGCCGCCGCCGCCGCCUCAGCCUCCGCCUCGUCCUCCACGGGCCCAGGCCGCCGUCGUCGUCGCCGCCGCCGUCGCUGCUGCUGCUACCGCCGCCGAGCACCGCUGCCGCCGAGCACCAUGGGAGACGCCGGGAGCGAGCGCAGCAAAGCGCCCAGCCUGCCGCCUCGAUGCCCCUGCGGCUUCUGGGGGUCCAGCAAGACUAUGAAUCUCUGUUCCAAAUGCUUUGCUGAUUUUCAGAAGAAACAACCAGAUGAUGACUCCACUCCCAGUACAAGCAACAGCCAAUCAGAUUUGUUUUCCGGAGAAAUGAACAGUGACAACAGCAAUACCUCUUUAACUGCACCGACUGUUAACUCCAACCAGCAACAGCUUUCGACAGAAUUGAAUGUAACUUCCACAGGCAAAGAAGAGUGUGGGCCAUGCACAGAUAUAGCUCACGUCUCAUUAAUCACGCCAACCAAAAGAUCCUGUGGCACAGAUUCACAGUCUGAGAGUGAGGCUUCCCCAGUGAAGCGGCCAAGGCUACUGGACAGCAAUGACCGACCUGAGGAAGCUGGCCGUUCUAAACAAAAGAGUCGGCGCCGCUGUUUCCAGUGCCAGACAAAACUCGAGCUGGUCCAGCAAGAACUGGGAUCAUGUCGCUGUGGUUAUGUGUUUUGUAUGUUACACCGCCUCCCCGAGCAGCACGACUGUACGUUUGACCACAUGGGCCGUGGCCGAGAGGAAGCCAUCCUGAAAAUGGUGAAACUGGACCGGAAAGUGGGGAGAUCCUGCCAGCGCAUUGGGGAAGGCUGCUCCUGAGUGCGAGGCUCGGCAGCCAAACCCUGUUCUUAGUUCACUAAUGUUAGCCUUAUUUAGGACAGAGUCAGCCAGACACCUUGUACUGGGCACGUUUCAGACUACAGCCAAUCCGUUUCCUUUCUUUAGCCAGCCGUCCUGGUACUGUAGUUUAGGGGUUGAUGGUGGUUGAAAUUGAUUUCUGGCUGGUUACGAAGGUGCCCGCUAGCCACUGUAUAAAAUUAAAACAUGAAGAAUAUUUUUUUGAGCAUGGCUAGUGGAUUUAAAACAAAACAAGCAGAUGUCAUUGCUGGAGUCAAAACUUAUAAAAAGCCUUAAGCUGAAAAUGGUCCAGACAGAGACUUUAAGUAAAUAGAGGAGUAGAAGCUGGUGGUUAAAACAGUUCCUGAGACGCACACAACCUUGCCAGAAACUCUGUGUUUAAUGUGCAGCCUUUUCACCUCUUCACCUAUCCCUAAUCCGGUCCCGGAAGCCAGAGCCUCCCCAUCAGCCCCUCCUGCCUGGGCUGCUGCUCCGGGCUUGGGGGGGGGGGGCUCCCAGGAGGCAGAGGGAGGGGGCGGGCUUCCCGUGGGAAAUGUGUCCUGUCACUUGGAGAAGGAGAGAGAGAGAGCCUGGCUCUGAACAUUAGCUCCACCCCAGACUAGUCACAAAGUACACUCUUCUACCUAGGACCUCUAGACUCUGCAGCAGUCUCAUGCGACCUGACUGGCUCUUAUGGACCAUUGGCUGGGUGCAGGUGUCUGAUAGUUGAUUCAGUGAGGCUGGAUCACAGCCCAGCAGCCGUGGGAGUUGCCGGGCUCCACAGAUAGUUCUCUGAAGCCAGACUUCACUCUCUGUUGGCGGUAAGGGGCAGGGGAGCUAGGGUGGAAGCGGGGGACACACCUCAUAGCAAACAAGUCAGUAACAGUAUUGGGGAACAGCGAAGGAGCAGCAGCUGCCGUCAGGGUUUGUCUCUUCACCUUCAAAGUGUUAGCAGGAUAGUCACGUGGGCUCUUCGCCCAUUUCUAUGCAGCCUCAUAGUAUAAAGAAAAAUCUGUCAAGUGCAGUGGGAGGAUAUGACAUGUAUUACUAGAAUCAGGAAGGCUUGGGUCUCCUGAGAGCAACUGUUGUGGGCCAGGGACAGUCUGAGCACACCUGCUGAGCCUGAAUUGCAAAAAGGGGUCCCAGCACAUCUCCUCACUUGGGCACAGGGGAGUCCCAUUGCCAGAGGCCAGGCCUGGGUGGGAUUAGACUGCAUGGGCAGGAAGGGGUGCAAAGCAGAGGGAAUUGGCUUGUUGAACCUGAGUUGCAAGAGAAUUAUCAGCUAGGUACUAUAGCAAAACUGGGAGGAGAGGGGUGAGGACUGGGAAAGAAAGGGUGGAGGGAGAGAUUAGGAUCACCUGGAACCUGAAAUAUUAGGCAAGGUCAAGAUGGGUACAACUUUAAAACCAUUUCAGUCAUGUGGACAAUAAGAGGUCCCCUAAGAGGCCACUUGGCUCUCCCUACACUUGGGCUGCUAAAAUAGUUUACCCCAGCAACUUAGGUUUUAAAAAGAAGAGAGGCCAAUGAUAUGUUUGUAAAUCAGCUACAGUGAAAGACCUGGGAGUUAGAAAUAUUUCUUAAUCUAAAAUGUGUGGGGAAAUAGGAAAUAAUGCUCUUUCCCCCUGUCUUCCUUUGCCUCUCCCCUAAAAAAAGAAAACCCACUAUAAAAAUCUUCAGCCUUAAUAUUUUUCUUAAUAAUGGUCUCAACUCUUCAAUGGAGGAGGGGGAGGAGACCCAGUUGAUUGGAUCCCCACACCUGCCACUAUUCUAAACCAGCCUCAGCACAUACUGUUUGAUACUGGACCCGAGCUCCCCUUUGCCUCCCAAGAUCCUCCAUCUACUGCUCUUUCCUGUGCCCCCUCGGCCAUUCUGAGGCACUGCUGGCUCAGAGGUGGCACAGGGGAGAAGCUGCCUUGGCAAACAGGCCCUGGUGCAUUAUGGACUCCGUUCACUCUAUUGACAGGCGAGGUUGGGGCUGGGGGAGGAAGUGGGGCUUGUUCCUCCAAAGUAUCUGUUCUGUGAAGUUUGUUAAAUGUAAGGAAAGCUUAAAUUCUUGUAACUUUAAAAGGAAACAAAAUCUUAUUUAACCCUUUUGUGUUCUAGAUUUACUUACACACGUAGCCUAGAAUUCCGUUUUAGUUUAACAUUGUGAAAAUAUUAAAAAGAAUCUUGUAACUUUAUUCUUUUUUUUUCUCCUGCUGAAAAAAAAAAUACCCAUUAAACCAAUCAGAUUAAAGUUUGAAUUCCUCUCUAUUUCACCAGUUCUCUGGACGGGUCCCAAGCCUGCUAGGGACCAUCUGGGGAACUGCAAAGCACAGAACCUGGGCCAAGGCCAAGGCUUUUUCUCCUGCCAAGAGCUUCUUAUUCCCCAGGUCACUGAUGGCAAAACCUCCUUUGUAUGGACGGCUAGCCCUAAAUUUUCUGUAGGGUGAUGUGGUCCUGGUCAGUGGAGUCUUAGUGGUGACUUUACCCAGUUGAAUGGCUCUUGCAUUUUGUCCCUGCAGCACACCAGCUCCGUGGGUGUGCUGGUGCCUGGCCCCACGUCGUGUGAGCCGAAGAGAGCCCCUCCUCUCUACACUUAGUUGACGUUGGAAUUAAGCCUGGAAUUAAACAUUGGAAAGCUCGGGGACUUGUGGGGAAUGGUGAGAUAGACUUCAUUUCCCACUAGGUCUCCUAGGCCAGGAAGCAGUUCCUUCAGAGACCUGUGGCUGGCUAUGGCUGCUGGGUGGGGUUUGGGCCAGAUGACAAGGCAGAAAAGACCCACUAAGUUGUCUUAGAUCAGUCCUUAAAGUUCUUUGAACUGUGACCUCUCCCUGCCCCCCCCCAUACACCUGAGGGGGAGACCUUUGUUAUCUCCUUAACAGGCAUGAAGACUGAGUAGUGCCCAGGAUUCGAGCCCUGGUGGGGGUGAUGGCCUGUAGGAGGGACCUGGCCCAGGUCUCUGGGUGCUGAGCAAGCACAGCCUUGGCUCCGGAUCCAGGGGAGGGUCCCCUCUACCAUCGGAGUCUGCUCUGCAGCAUAGACUGGCAGGGCUGACACCCAGCCUGAAGGGCUCAGCCAGGGGCUCUUGCUCUUUCUGGGCUUUAGAUAGUGGGAGGAGCAGACUAAGAUGUGAUGCUGAGGGAGGCAGCUGCUAAAGGGGUGGGGGGGCAAUGCCCCAUUUUUUUCCUAUUAUCCUUCCUCACCAACCAGAUCUCAGGAUUGUGACCUGCCUCUGAGCCAAAACCAACUUUGGGUAAUGACAGAGACAAGUCAUACCCUCUGCACCCUCACCCCCACUGACUCUAGAUCAUCUGUAGGCCCUGGGCGGAGUCUUCCCCUGUGACAUUAUCUCCAUCUCCAUCAAGAAGGAUUCAGCCUGUGUUCCCCUUGGUAUCCCCUCUGUCUCAGAACAGGGUAGCUCCCUCCUUCCCUCCCUCAAAACUGGUCAUGGCAGAGACAUCUACUUUGCCCAUGUCAGUGAGCAGCACACCAGGGCUUCUAGGUGGGCCCUUGAUUAACACCUAAAUUGGAAAGACCCCAGUUUCUCCAGCCAGAUCCAUUGACUUUAGAAUAGCUGAAUUAUAAUCUCUACAUCCUGCAGUAGAUCAUCCACAAAGGAGCAUGGUGAGACACGGAAUCAUUUCACAAGACUCGGAGAGCAGAAUUCACUUGGGCAAGCUUGCAAAGCAAGGUCCUGGCAGAUCCAGGACUAGGACCAGGUUUCCUGGCUCCCAGGCCAGUAUUCUGUCUCUUUCAUCACAGUAUCUUCUUUUAAAUGUCCUUAACUGUAAUCGGCAUGAUUCUGGCCAUCCCUGGGCCCUCGCGGCCCCAGCGAAUGGUGAAGAAGGCAAGCCUGUGUCUCUCCCUUUUCCGUUUGUAUCUUCCGUGCUUAGCAAAGUGCUUUGCACACAGUAAGGGCUUAAAUGCUUUCCAUUGGCUCAGUCAUUCUCUAUGCCUUACCUCCUAACGUAGCCCAGCUGUUAAGAGUGCUGGCACAUCAGUUUCAGGGAACUGCCUCCCACCCUCGGGGGAGAGGUCAUGAGGGGCUUGGCUUUGCUACUUUAGGUGAGAAGGAUCAGGGUUCCUACUAAGGGAGAGAUUUUUUUCAUUCCUCCCCCCCCCCAAAAAAAAAAUUGAGAUUGACAAAGCAUUCUCACCCUCUUGGUAUGUAGGAUUUGUAAGUUUUAUAAGUAGGAUGCGUAUCAUUGUUAUCGAUUUCCCUCUUGUACAUGAAAUGAGUUCAGAGAGGUUGAGACUUGUCCCUGCUCAGAAAUGACUGAUAAAAUGUCUGGGUCCCCCCACUCCCCACAUUCCCCCAUAGUCUCCUUAGGUUUUUGUAUCAUUGCUCUCUCCUGAUUCUGACUGACCCUUCUUGUCCUGGGUUCUCUUUUCUCCACAAUGAGGCCAGGCAUGGUCAGAUAGGGAAAGUGCUAGAUCUGAAGACAGGAGGGAACUGGAUUGGACAAUGUGCAUGUCAUUUAACAACCUUUCUGAGCCUGUUUCCAUAUCUGUAAAAUGGGGCUAAUGAUAUCGAUAGCAUUUAACUCACCAGGUUAUUGUGAGGGUCAAAUGAGAUAGUGUGUGUAAAGCACUUUGCAAAGCUUAAAACGCUAUAUAAAUGUCGACUUUUACUAUUAUUAAUGGUGAUCUCUGCUCCCAAGGGAUCAGUUUGAUCUAUGCAGAUGACUCCCGCAUCUCUCCAGCCCUAACUUCUCUCCCGAGCAUCAACUUGUCUUGCAUCAGCUGUCUGUCUGGCCUCUCCAGUUGAAUGUCCCAUAGGCCUCUCAAACUCACUGUGUCCAAAACACAACUCUUUCCCCAAAACAUCUUCCUAAUCCCCCUAUUUCUGUCGAGGGCAUCACUCUUCUUCCAAGUUGCUCAGGUUUGCAACCUUACCCUCAGCUCUUCAUUCCCCACAUCUGACCAGUUGCCAAAUCUUGUCCUUUCUACCUCCACACAUCACACCAGACCCUUUCUCAACAUUCACAUGGCCACCACCCCAGUUCAGGUCCUCAUCACCUCUCACCUGAACUUCAGAAAUUGCCUUCUAAGUGGCCUCCACUCCAGAUCUGUCAUGUAGCUGCCAAAUUGAUGUUCUCAAAGCACAGGUUUGACUGUGUCACUGCCCUGUUGGGUAAGUGUCCGUGGCUUUCUAUUGCCUCUAGAACAAAAGGCAGACUUAACCUGUUUGGCACAGAUAGCCCUAACAGCUGUUAUUUCACAGGGCGUAGACCUCACUGACUACAUCUCCACCCAACCAGCCAACUUGGCUGUUCCCUGUACACGACCUGCUGUCUCUGGCCACCGUGCCUGGAAUGUUCUCUCCUCAGUUUUAGAAUCCUUGGCUUCCUUCAAGGCCUAGCUCAAGUGCCAGCUCCCACACGAGGCCUUCCUUUCCUGACCCUGCUCCCCCCCCCUUUUCCAACCCCCCCCCCAACUGAAAUUGCUCUGUAUUUACUUUGUAUAUAUAUUUUGUAUU